AGCAUUGGAAGGAAGAGCAGAGGUGAUCUCUCACUCAGCAGCACAGGAUAACAUAACCAUGAUGGGUUGAUUCAGGGGAGGGGGGAGGGGGGUUGGGACUGGAAGUGUGCAUUCACCACCACUUGUUCAGCUAUGGAGACCAACAAAGUUCUUCAUUUUGUGCCUUCUGGCCAGAUGGGUGUGUUACAUGGAGAAUCAGGACAAGGUCUGAUAACUCCAACUUCCGGGAGAUCUGAAAUCACCGGAGCAAUGCCUUUUUCUGCUUCAGAGGCCCCUCCGUCUAGGAUGUCCAAGAAUGGAUACUUUUUUCAAGAAAUGGAGCAGCAGGAGGCAGAGCAAGAGGAGGGCAGCGAGGGUCGAGAGGAGGGACAGGACUUACCGAUGGCCUACGGAGAUGACAUCCACCUUUAUGACAACCAGAUCAGCCCUGGAACAGAAGCAGAUGACUCCGGUUGUGUGUUGCUGAACACAUCAAGAAGGUAUGUGAAGCUGAUGAACUUUGAGGAGGAGGUCCGGGCACAUCGAGACUUAGAUGGCUUCCUGGAAAGAGCUAGCAUACUGUUGGAUGAGACAGCUGCUACCCUGGAUGAUGUCCUUAAGAGGAUGCUGCACCAUGUGAGCCAGGACAGUCAUGUAUCUGAGCCCAGCUGCAACUUUGAGGAGGUGAUGAGCAUGCUGUUCACAGAUGCAGGAACUCAGGAGGUGAACGACAAGUCUCAGAGUUUUGUUUUCUUUGAUGACGUCCACCUGCUGUCAGAGACAAUCCAGGGUGUGACAGCCACAGCCACUGGGGUCCAGUACCAGCAGUCCUGGCUCUGCAUCCUCUGCAACGUGAAGCAUCUCCAGAGGCGUCACGUGUGCAUCUCCCGUCUGGAGAGGCCACAGAACUGGGGGGAGAACUGCUGCGAGGUUCGCUAUGUCAUCCUGAUCCUGGCCCCAUCCAAAAUGAAAAGUACCAAGACAGCGAUGGAGCUGGGCAGGACAUUUGCCUCCCUCUUCUCUGACAUCUCCUUCAGACAGAAGCUGCUGGAAACGAAGACGCAGGAAGAGUUUAAGGAGGCUUUGGUGUUCCAAAGGCAUCAGCUUACAGCAGCCAACCAGGAGCCUGUAGCUCUGGGGAAGAAGGAGGUGGCCCCUCGCAGUCAUAAACCUCUCAAGUGUAAAGAUUUCCUCAGAGCCGGCCGGGGGAUUUAUGAGGACUUGUGCCGUAGACUGCCUUUCUACCCUUCUGACUUCACAGAUGGGAUCGUUGGCAGUAAUAAAACCCUGCUGAAGUACAUGACCACAGCCAUCUUUCUGUACAUCGCCAUCCUCCUUCCUGCCAUCGCUUUUGGCUCGCUCAAUGAUGAAAGCACUCGUGGUGAAAUUGAUGUGAGGAAAACGAUCAUAGGCCAGAGUAUCGGUGGGGUCAUCUACUCAUUGUGUGCUGGCUCUCCUUUAGUUAUCCCUCUUACCACUGCUCCCCUCGCCAUCUUCAUCAGCGUGAUCCGUGGAAUCUGUGAUGACUAUAACUUGGAUUUUCCAGCUUUUUACGCAUGCAUUGGUUUGUGGAACUGCCUUUUCCUCAUCCUGGGAGGAAUCUUCAAUGUCAGCCUGUUGAUGAAGCUCUUCAAAAGAUCCACAGAGGAGGUUAUUGCGCUCUUCAUAUCCAUUGCAUUUGUGGUUGAUGCUGUGAAAGGCACCGUGAAAAUCUUUCAUAGAUACUACCAUUCACCGACUCUGGCAAACAGAAGUAUAGAAGACUUUCCUCAGGGAGGAGACCUGCUGGGGGGAAACAGGAGCAAAGCAGUGCUCGGCUCGGUGUUCAAUACCUUCCCUGAGUCUUUCAUCCAGUGCACUCGAGAGAGGCCUGUCCUUUGCCUCCUGCUGAUGCUCGGGACCUUAUGGAUGGGCUACACUCUCUAUCAGUUCAAAAGGAGUCCAUUCCUGCAUGCCAAAGUGAGAGAAGUGCUGUCGGACUGUGCCCUGCCCAUCUCAGUGCUGCUCUUCUCCUUCAUCGGAUCUUACCUGUUCAGUGACAUUGAACUUCCAGUAUUUAAAGUUCAUGACCGUCCCAUCUUCAACGUGGCUCCCUUUGAGCGUCUGUCAGCCAUGAAUGUUGUCAGUGCCAUGGGACUUGGUUUUCUCCUAGCUCUCCUCAUCUUCAUCGACCAGAAUAUUGUUGUUUCUCUGACCAACGCAUCCGAGAACAGGUUGCUGAAGGGUACAGCAUAUCACUGGGACCUGAUGCUCUCUGGGCUCAUUAACAUACUGAUGUCGGUACUGGGGUUGCCCUGGAUGCACGCCGCCUUCCCCCACUCCACCCUGCAUGUGCGCCAGCUGGCUUUUGUAGAGCAGCGCGUAGAGGGGGGGCACCUCUAUGAGACUAUCGUCCAGGUAAAGGAAACCCGUCUGACAUCUCUGGCUGCCAACAUCUUCAUCGGCGUCUCUGUUCUGCUGCUGCCCCUCCCGCUGCAGUGGAUCCCCAAACCUGUGUUGUAUGGCCUCUUCCUCUACAUUGCCCUCACAUCCAUUGAUGGAAACCAGAUGUGUGAUCGCAUGGCCCUCCUCCUAAAAGAGCAGACAUCUUACCCGCCUACCCACUACAUCCGUAAAGUGCCCCAGAGGAAGAUCCACUACUUCACCUUUUUGCAGAUGAUGCAGCUGCUGGUGCUGUGCACAUUUGGCAUGUACCCCAUACCAUACAUGAAGAUGAUCUUCCCUCUGGUCAUGGUCCUCCUAAUCCCAAUCAGGAACAACGUGCUUCCUCAUAUCAUCGAGGCCAAAUACUUGGACAUAAUGGACGCCCAACAUAUGUAGCCACAGACGGACUCAACCUCUGGAUCCUUUAGAACAAUGAAAUAAAUACAUUAAAUAAUAAUAAUAAUAUCUGUAAUUACAAAGAAAAAAGAAGAAAUAACAAAAACAUACUGUUCAUUGCAAAAUGAUAUGAAUGCAAAGUGGAGAAAUUCUGGCAGUUUGUUUAGUUUUUUUUUUUUUUGGGAGAAGUUUAUUCUUACACUGGAAAUGUGAGGAGGAGAGAUGAAGGUUGUGCAUUUUCCAUAAAGAAACUGAUAUUUCUUUAUGGAAAGGGGAAAACAAACCUGACAGUUCAGAGCUCCCUGUCUGACCUCUGUUUGUUCAGUGCAAUGAACCAUAGCUCCAUGCUCUCCCUUCACACCUCCACCUAGUAUGGUUACACUUUACAAUCUCCUCUCUGCAGUGUGCACAUUAUGAGUGGGUAAGACCUGCCGAUGCUGCAGAAGCUUCAAGUGAUUGUUGCUUUUCACCAAAAAAAAAGUGUAAUGGCACGCUUCAAAUAUGAUUUUUUGUUUUGACACUUUGCACUUUCUUUGCUUUGACACAGUCAUACGGGUAAGUUUUACCUGCACACACUGUGUUUAGUAGUACUUCAGUACUCUUGAGCGAGUUAGUUUAGAGCACUGCAUUUUGGCCACUUUAAAGUUAGCCUUUGACCUUUUGUACACGUUUCAUUGUCCAGGAGUUAAACCCUCUUGCACCUUUUAGCUGUGGAUUCUAACUUUUCUUUCAAUGGAUGAUUGCACGUUUAGUUUAUCAGUCAUUCCAACAAUUGUCAGUAUUCGAUAAGAUGAUAUAAAAGUGUGUGUGUGUGUUUGUGCGUGUGUGUGUGUGUGUUUGUGCGUGUGUGUGCGUGUGCGUGUGUGUUUGUGCGUGUGUGUGUGUGUGUUUGUGCGUGUGUGUGCGUGUGCG